AUGACAGUUAUUUUAGUUGGUAGUAUAUAGAACCAAGUGAACUAACAUUAUUAAAAACUCACUCCAUUUUCUUAUAAUCAUCUAAAAACAAAAUGUUUACUCAUUCAUAACCUGCGUGAGUGAAGGCUUAAGAUAGCUAUGUUACCCUCACCACUUGAUUCUUCAACUUCAUAUCUGAGCACAAGCGCAAUAGUUGCACUUUGUGUAUUCUUCGCACUCCUUUGCGCUUGCAUCAUCGUUGGCCACCUUCUUGAAGAGAAUCGAUGGGCCAAUGAAUCCAUCACUUCUCUCCUUCUUGGUUUGUGUUCUGGAGUGGUGGUAUUGUUGGUGACCAAAUUCCAUAGUACCGAGAUUUUAAUAUUCAACGAAGACUUGUUCUUUCUUUACUUGCUUCCACCAAUCAUUUUCAAUGCCGGUUUCCAAGUCAAGAAGAAACAGUUCUUCAGGAAUUUCACUACUAUACUUCUGUUUGGAGUCCUCGGAACAGUUAUUUCUUUCUGUCUUAUAUCUCUUGGUGCCUUUCUGCUCUUUAAUACGAUUGGAAUAACUAACCUCGACAUAAAAGAUCAUCUAGCCAUUGGGGCCAUAUUGUCAGCAACUGACUCAGUUUGUACAUUACAGGUUCUGAGUCAAGAUGAAACGCCUUUUCUUUACAGCAUUGUGUUUGGCGAAGGAGUAGUAAAUGAUGCUACAUCUAUUGUUCUUUUCAAUUCAGUUCAAUCACUUGACUUCAGAAGCAUCAAUGCUAUUACAGUUUUGAAAUUGUUGGGGACCUUCCUUUACCUCUUUUGCACCAGUACUGCCCUUGGCAUAGCAGUUGGACUUUUAAGUGCUUAUAUUAUUAAAACACUUUACUUUGGAAGGCACUCUACCGAUCGCGAGGUUGCACUUAUGAUGUUAAUGGCAUAUUUGUCAUAUAUGAUCGCUGAGCUCUUAAAUCUCAGUGGAAUUUUGACAAUUUUCUUCUGUGGCAUUGUUAUGUCACACUACACAUGGCACAACGUUACCGAAAGCUCAAGGACAACAACAAAGCACGCUUUUGCAACUAUAUCAUUCAUAGCUGAAACCUUUAUAUUUCUAUAUGUUGGCAUGGAUGCUUUCGACAUUGACAAAUGGAAACGAAGCAAAGCCAGCAUAGGAACUUCAGUUGCUGUCAGCUCAACUUUGAUUGCAUUAGUUUUGAUUGGAAGAGCAGCUUUUGUUUUCCCUAUAGCAAACCUUGCAAAUUGCACCAAAACAAGAGAGAGCACCAAAAUUGAGUUUCGUUCGCAGUUUAUAAUAUGGUGGGCAGGCCUAAUGAGAGGCGCAGUAACCAUUGCAUUGUCUUAUAACCAGUUUUCAAAAUCUAAGAUGGCAUCGGCUGAAGACUCUUUGAUGAUCACUUCAACUAUAAUCCUUGUCUUAUUCAGUACUGUGGUAUUUGGUUCUAUAACAAAGCCUUUGAUUAAGGCUGUGAAGUUAAGGCAUUCAAAACCAUCAAUUUCCGAUUCCACUGAUAUUCAAGAGGAUCUGAGAUUAUUAUUUCUAGAAAGCAAUUGUUCCAUCAACCAAAGCAAUAAUCAAGCAUUUCACAGACAAAGUAGCUUCAGAUUGAUGAUACGUUAUCCUACUACUACGGUUCACUACUUCUGGAGGAAAUUCGAUGAUAAGUUUAUGAGACCUAUAUUUGGUGGUAGAGGUUUCGUUCCAGUUGUUCCUGGUUCACCGCCCGCUGAAGAGGAUCUUUCUUGAAACGCAAGCAAAUACUACCUGUUUUGUUUUCAUUCUCUUGUUCACUUGUGCGGAUGCUUUGUUUACUUACAAUUAUACGAUACAUGUGAUAUUUGAGUUAUGAUAUUUGAAAGCGCAUAUUAUUGGAA